GCUCCAGUUUAAACAUUACCUAUUGUGCUUCAAGGGAACACUGGGCUGCAAAAUGUCAUUCAUUGAAGCAUUGACCAUCAUUGGGGGCCUCACAGUUCUUUUCCACUUGCUGAAACUGGCCUGGAAAUGUUGGCGUGGACUCAGAAAUUUUGUUUUGUCAGAGAUUUGGCACGUGGACUUCAGAGCAUAUGGACAAUGGGCAGUCAUCACUGGCGCCACAUCUGGCAUUGGAAAGGCCUAUGCCCACGAGCUGGCACGGCGAGGCCUAGAUGUUGUCUUGGUAAGCAGAUCCGAGGAUAAGCUUCAAAUGGUUGCCAAAGAGAUAGAGGAUCAUUAUGGACGAAAGACCCGCACCAUCCAAGUGGAUUUCACCGAUGGCCACAGAAUAUAUGCCGUUAUCGCCAAGGCACUACGAGGCCUGGAGAUUGGAAUUCUGGUGAACAACGUAGGGAUGAACUAUUGUGAUCAUUUGGCCAGUUUCCUGGACGUACCAGAUAUGGAGCAGAAAAUCACUCAGGUUGUCAACUGUAACGUGCUCUCUGUCCCGCAGAUGACAAGACUGGUUCUUCCAGACAUGAUCAAAAGAGGGACAGGUCUGAUCAUCAACAUGUCCUCUUUGGUUGGUGAACAUCCACAGCCUCUGCUGUCACUUUACUCUGCCACCAAGAUUUUCGUCACAUAUUUCUCCCGGUGUCUGCAUGCUGAGUACCAGUCAAAGGGAAUAACCGUUCAGUGCGUGGCGCCCUUCAUGGUGUCCACCGACAUGACGCACAACAUUGAAGUCAGCAGCUUUGUGAAAAGUGCCUCAGACUUUGCACGUGAAGCCUUGAACACCGUGGGUCACUCCAGCUACACCACUGGAUGUCUGUCGCACGCGCUCCAGGACGCCGCUCUCACGGCCCUGGUGCCAGAAUGGCUGCGACUCUCUCCUUUCUUCAUUAGGAAACUUCAAAACUCAGAAAAGAUGUGGGAACACAAAUUUAAGUGGGAGGAAAAUGAGAAGCUCAGAGGAAAGGAGGAAUAACCAUCUUCACGAUAUAUGUUUUUUGUUUUCCUCACAGCAGCUACCUUAACAAUAACUCUUCACUUCUGUACAUACAUUUUUAUUGCAUUCGAUUUUAAAUUAUCUGUAUAUAUUUUCUUUUCAUUUCCUGUUCAAGUUGAUUGUUAUGUGUUUUUCUGUUGCUAUUGCUGUAUAUAGUAUCAUUAUACUGCAUGUGCACAUGCAUUAUUAAAAAAUAAUAAACACACAAGACUACUAAUAUAUAUAUAUAUAUAUAUAUGUAUGUAUAUAUAGUCUUUUACAAUAAUACUAUUAUACAGUACAUUUGGCAUAAAUAAACUCCACAGCAACGACAUUAUUGAGCA